CGGUCUCUACUCAUCCAUUCCUAUUCCCCCCCAUCCACCCGUACAUGACAUAGUUCGUCUACCUUACCCAUCCUAUGAUCCUAUUGCCUGCGGUUCAUCCGAGCUAGUCGUGUGGGUAGUGGACACCGAUUUGAUGGUCUGUCCCGCCGCCUCAAACCUCCCCGGUCUAUCUUGGCCCUGCUUUACAUAAACCUUCACUUCUACUUACCCUUAACAUCUUUCCCGUCCCACACCAGUCACGUCUCCCACCUUCUUUCUUCUCAAACCUCACCAUCCAUUUUCCCCUACCCAACCAGAUAUUUCGCGUUUUGGCCUUUUCUUUCAUUAUCUAUUCUUCCCCCCAAAACUUUUACCCCCCUUCCUCUCUUCAACUUCACCACAUAUCCCUUUUUUAACUUUUUUUUCUUGACUUUCCCUUUCUGACAAACCUCGAGCCAGGACUAUCGUGGGACAUAACUCGCAUAGUUCCUGUCUGAAACAUUCUGGCUGCGAGAUUUGCACCUGGGUUACCAAUCUUAUGGACUUAGAUUUUUCCUGUCUGCCUCUACUAGCGCGGCCGUAAACUUUUCGGCGUUUCUCCGUGUGACAUUGUAUGCGCCGCCUUUUAAUCACCCACCAUGGCGCAGAAGUCUAGCGAUACCGAUGAUCAGCCCAAUCCUUCGUCAUCCUCAACUAAGGACCUACCAGACUCCGGCUCCGCGCACAACAACGCACCCACCUCAGCACAACCCCAAAAGCCAACCAACAAUAAAGCAUCUGGGGAUAAUGCAGCAGUAUCCCAACCAAUGAUUAAGUCAACCUCGUCGGGGUCCAACCCGUCAGGCAAGGAGGCCAUGACAGGCCCAUCUCCUUAUGGCACGCGUUCCCGCAAUCGGGGCCAAGCGCGCCCAAACUACGCAGAGGACAAAGAUGUGGACGUGGACAUGUACGAUGCUUUUGUAGAGAAGAAGGACGAGGAACCUAAAAAAUCCUCGCGACAUGUUGGUGCAGCUACAAAUGGCACCGGCGAUGCACCCAAAGGCGCGAAUUCGACAUCACGCAAAGGUGCAGCCCCGGAGGAUGGCAAGGCUAGCAGUAAUGGUUCACACGCUACUACGAAAGAUUCGCAUUCGACGAACAACGCGGCUACGAAUGGUUCGUCUACCACGACGUCUUCUACUUCGUCUAAAAAGCGAAAAGCACCCGCGCAAUCGGUCGCGAACCAUGCGCACAGCAAUGGCAGCACCCCAGCACCGGCCAGUUCUAACACGACGAAACGAGGUGGUACGCACGCGACAACGGUCACGGUUACAAACAAUACGACGGGGUAUAAGGCGACAAACAUGCUUUACUUCGAGAAAAGUGGUGGGAUCCCAAAGGACGGAAAGAUGGUGGCGGAUGACGGAACAGUGUUGGAAGCGAACGACCACGUAUAUCUUGUAUGCGAACCUCCUGGAGAACCGUAUUAUUUAGGACGUAUCAUGGAGUUCCUGCAUGUGCAGAAUGAUGUUAGCAAAGCCGUGGAUGCGUUGCGGAUCAAUUGGUACUACCGACCCAAGGACAUCGGUAAGAAGGUCAAUGACACGAGACUGGUCUUCGCCACAAUGCACUCGGACAUUAGUCCCUUAACCGCAUUGCGCGGCAAGUGUCAAAUCCGCCACAAGGCGGAAAUAGAGGACAUGGAUACUUACCGAAAAACUCCCGACUGUUUUUGGUAUGAGAAGCUGUACGACCGUUAUAUCCAAAAGAACUACGACGUGAUUCCGUGUUUUCAGAUCGUCAACGUGCCCGAGAGGGUCAAAAAGGUGUUGGACGAGCGCUGGAAGUAUAUUUUGGUGGAGCAGGGUCGGUCCAAGGAAUUUACUAGCGCCGUCAAGCUGUGUAAGAGAUGUAGUGGGUAUUGUGCCAGCAACGAUUCUGUCGACUGUGCAGUAUGUCAGCAGACUUAUCAUAUGAACUGUGUCCGCCCUCCUCUGCUAAAGAAACCGUCACGUGGCUUUGCUUGGGCUUGCGCUGCAUGUAGUCGUGCUCAAGAGAGAAAGCUCGAGGCUCGACAUACGCCAAGCUUGCUCGAUUCGCAUCCAGAAGCCGAGGAAGAAGAGCCUUGGGAAGACGAGGAUGAUGUUAUCGAUACUAAUCGCACAAGUCCCGCUGAUGGUAUCGAUGACUCUCACCAACCUGCAACCGCUGAGCAGAUAUAUCAUGCGAGCCUAUGGCCUUAUCGGUACUUAGGCCAGCAUUGUAAGCCCGAAGAUGCGUUAGAUUACGAUGACCGAAUAUAUCCCAGAGCCGGAUCUCGCUUAGGACCCAAGCAUCAAGCAACUGUCCUUCCGUGGUAUGGCCGACCAGUCAAGCUGGUGAAGCCUCUCGAGAUCAAGAAACCCGGUAAAAGAGACAGCAAGCAAUCCAAGGAAGCCCUCGCAGCUCUCGAGGCGGAGAAGGCCCGUCGAGAAAAGCGUCCAAGAUGGAUUCAGGACGAGCCUCCAGGAUACGUAGCAAGGGGAGAGGAUUACGACAAUGAUGACACGAGGAAUACGGCGCAGUUGCUAUGGAAGCCUUUAGAUGCGGUUGAAACUUCAACCACGGAAUCCCAGCUGGACGAUUAUAUGGAGACCGCAAAGGCGAAACUUGUCCCGUUGUUCAACCUUCCGAAGGAAUCUACAAACCUUAAGGAUGUAGCCAUCAAUACUCUUUUCAAGAAUGAUUACGAUAUACCCAAAUCAUUGAAGGCGUUAGUCAAGGUCGACAAGUCGAUUUUUAAAGAGCCUGAGCUUACAACUGCCGAGAUGAAAAAGUUUGAAGAAGGCGUAACCAAAUUUGGUUCUGAACUUUAUCACAUUACGAAGCACGUCAAAACCGUCAAGCAUUCGCAGAUCGUCCGUUUAUACUACACGUGGAAGAAGACCGACAGAGGGAAGCAAAUUUGGGGUAAUUUCUCCGGAAGGAAGGGCAAGAAGGAGGCGAAGAAGGCCGAAGCGACGGCCAAUAAACUCCAAGAUGAUGUUGCUGAUGAUCAAGAUGAUUCGGCAUUUGAUACCGACAAGGCCGUGAAGCUAAAGAGAAGCUUUAUAUGCAAAUUCUGUUCUACGAAGAACUCUCGACAAUGGCGGCGGGCGCCUAACAGCGCGUCCGGCCUAGUGACGGAGGGAGGCGGUAAACACUCGAACAAGGACAAAGGAGUACAGUACGUCGGUGCACUAUGUAGGAGAUGUGCAGAGCUGUGGCGGCGAUAUGCCAUUCAAUGGGAAGAUAUGGAGGACCUCGCGAAGAAGGUUGCUGCGGCUGGUGGUCGCUCGUGGAAGCGCAGAGUCGAUGAGGAGUUACUCAAAGAAAUCAUGGCGGCAAAUGAAAUGAUGAGCAUGACGGUCUACAACAAGCCGACCGGGACACCAUCUACGGCACAACCUUCUGCGACAGCAACGCCCGUCCCGCCACCUAGUAGUAAUGAGCAGCCACCACCGCGCAAGAAGCUCAAGACGAUCGCGGACAAAGAAGCAGAGGUUAAUGGCUCAGAUUCCGCUGCUACCCCGACCCAUACUCACCCGAAAAAGAAAGAGAAAGUGGUAGAGAAGCCCGUACCUCCCCCCCCAGCCCCAGAAUUGCCAAAACCUCGCACACUGCCUUGCGCUAUAUGCCACCAGAUGGCACCAACGGGCGAACAAGCUCAUCUCUCUUGCAAGGAGUGCCGACUUACUGUUCAUCGCAAGUGUUAUGGUGUUGUUGACAAUCGACUUCCGGGCAAAUGGACAUGCGACAUGUGCCUGAACGAUAAAAACCCUCAAGUGUCCAUAGAUUACAAAUGUGUCCUGUGCCCAGUGGAAUUCACGGAGCAUGACUUUAUUGAACCGCCGAAGAAUACGCAUAAGAAGAAAUCAGAGAAGGAGAAGGAGAAGGAGCGCCACGACCGGGAUCUCGCGCAGAAGGCUGUAGAUUAUUAUCGCAAAAAGCAAGAGGAGCUGAACCGCCCCGUAAACCCUCGAGAGCCUCUCAAAAGGACGGCGGACAAUAAUUGGGUUCACGUUACCUGCGCGGUGUGGAUGCCUGAAGUCAAAUUUGGCAAUGCCCUUGCCUUGGGUCCAUCGGAAGGUAUACCAUCUAUACCACGUAGUAGAUUCGACGAUGUUUGCAAGGUGUGCAAGCAGAAAGGUGGCGCGUGUGUGGGCUGCCACCAGUGCCGCGCUCCUGUCCACGUGGAAUGUGCCCACCAAAAUGGGUACCUGCUUGGCUUCGAAAUUACCCCCGUAAAGGGCUCCAGGCGAGAUCAGCACAAUCUCGUUACUAUUGGAGGAGAAACGGGGAUAAUGUCAGCAGCUGUUUGGUGUAAGGAGCAUAUUCCUCAAAAGAGCGUAGUGCACCGGAUGCACGACCCUGUACCUCAGCCUGAGGGCCAAGGCAAGGAUCCUCAACUUGAGAACGCCCUACAACUCUACGUGCAUAACUACAAGCAAGCGGAUCUUACCUUAACGGGCAACGUGCGUAAGGCGAACUUGGCUAAUCUCGCCGCCACCAAAACACCUACUGUCGCAAACCAAACAAAUACAAAUCGGAGGCAAUCUACUACCAACAUUUCCGGCUUAACUACGGCAGGCCAGAGGGCGUCUCCGGUUGAUGCUACGGUUGAUAUAGCGUCUAUUAAUUCUCAGUGCGGCGAUAAAGUCUGCAUAACCUGUGGCAUCGACGUGAGCCCCAAAUGGUGGCCUAUCGAUAAGAGCCAAGAAAAUGUGCUAACAAAUGGAUAUACCGGCUCCCUUAGUAGCGAGGCGUUGAAAUUUGUUGCUCAGCGGAACGUUCAGUGCCAUAAGUGUAAGAGGAAUAACCGAAAGCUCACACCUCACAAUCCGUCAAAAGUUGAGGGGCCAAUACCAAAUGAACCGCCACGUGCCCCCUUACCUCCUUCGAUUCCUACUACCGUAACAAAUCACCCACCACAUAUGCCUCACGCUAUGAACAGGCUCACCGACCUGGGAAAUUCAUGGGGGCCACGAGGUCCUACGGCGCAAGGGACGACGCCUACGGUUGCCCCGGCGAUUGCUGCGCCACCGCUACAUCCUCCUCUAUCUGCAGCUGUUCCUCCACCCUUACCGCUGACCGCUCCCCACGCCCCCCACGCUGGAACGAGUCCGAUGGCGGCUCCAGGUGGUCCGCCAGUGCCCGCACACCAUUACCCUCCUCCCAGCGCUCCUUACGGGGAUUGGCAUCGUAGCCCGCCCCAGCAUCCGCCUUCCAUUCACCAAAUAAAUGGCGGCUCUAGUGUACCAAGCCCGAUUCAUCAUAAUCACCUCCGUGACCUCCGGCCACCGCCGAUAGCGCCUAUGUCCCAUCACCAAGGACCACCGCUUCAGCAUGGGCUUGGGCAACCUAUAGUAAACGGAGUCCCUCCCUCUCCGCCUCGGCGCGGUCCCGGCUCCAUCCAGAAUAGCGCUGCUCCCUACAUGCCAUCUUAUCACUCGGCGCAUAACCAUAACCAUAACCCGCUCCACGGCCUCACAAAUGGCAGCCCUCCGCCCCGCACCUCCGAACAUGCGUUCUCCCAAGGCUUACUUGGAUCAUCACGAUCACCAUUCUUAAAUCCUCAUGUAAGCCCCCCGAUCUCCCGGGAGGGGAUCUCGAUGAGUCGCGAAUCAAGUUUAAGCAACAAUGUACCUCCACGAUCUAACGACAGUCGCCCUGCGAGCGGGGCCAGCGCCAACGCGUCUUUGCGCAAUCUUCUGUCAUAAUAGUCGGAAAUUGCUGAAGCAAUGUUUCAGUGUUUGUGAUUUAUUCGCAUAGGAAGUUUCUUUCCUCUAGUUCGGCGUUGCUCAGGCUCGGUUGUAUAGUGUAGAGGCAUAUACCAAAAGGCGGCGCCAAGGUUGAUUGAUAGAAGGAUAUUGGUCAGGGUUUUUGAGAAGGGGGAUUCGUUGCCGCCGUCAGCUUUCGAACGGCUGUACAACAGUUAAUUGUUUUCAACGGUUGGAAUUUUAGUUGUCUAAUACCUUUCCGAGCGUAAAUCGAGGGAAGGCGACCUAGGGAUUAGAGGCGGGGGGCCCAAAAGGCUGUGGAAUCACUUCACAGACCAGUAGUUUUUACCAAAAUUAAUUUACAGGAAAUAUAAGUCCUAAUAUAAUGUUCUCAUCUUCCUGAUGUGGAAUGCGUUGCCCAUACGUUAUGUGUGCCUUCGACGUGCAUCUCUAUCAUGUAUCAUGUUAUUUGGCUUAGCCUAUGGAUACGUUGGGUAUAGUUUCGUUCCUAUUAUAGGUACUUAUUAGCAACAAAUGUGAUAUAUAUCAAGAUACCUAAGAAGUUGGCCCUAGACUAUCGCGUAGGCUCUUAUUAGAUUAGAUUCAUGGC